AAUUACCACAGACCAUACCUGGUUACAAUUUAAACUACGGAGUUGUUAUUUGUGACCACCGACAUAACCUAUCUGUGGCUCUGUUUAUUGAUGUUAUACUACAGAUUAAAAUACUGUGGUUAUACUAUCUACUGAGUGUUAUUUACUAUUAUUUCUAUGGCAAAUAUGAACCUGGACCCAGUUACGAAGUCAAGAAUUGAUAUAAAAUUAUAUAAGAAUGUGAAAAACAUGAAGCAGUUGAAAGAGAAAUUAUUAAAAGGAGAACUAACAUGUUCUUUAGUAAAACCUUCCUUAAUAUGUGAUCCAUUUCAAAUUAUUGUGGCAGCAAAUAAGGCACUUACAAGUGAAAAAUUAACCACCAAAUCAGUGUAUACUGAGAUUCUAUUCAAUCUAUCCAUUUCAAAAAAUAUAUCCAAUAGUUUGCAAACGUUUGGCAGCAGUGAAAGUGAUAAAGAAUUACUGGUUGUUACUGUCAAUGAAUAUGCAGAUGUAUCCAAUGACUCUAAAAUUCAUCAUCAUAUUUCCGGGGAGGAAAUUCCUAUAGCAUGUUUAAGUGAUUAUUGUGAUAUUUCUUUAAUAAGAAAAGUUUAUAAAGUGAACUCCAAGGAAUAUAAUGUUAUUUCUUUACUGAACUCCAUUGUUAGUAGAAUAUCUACCAAAGACUUUUUAUCACAUUAAAUUGAAUAACUUAAUACUAUGCACUGAAGUAGUUUUCUCUUCAAUGCUGAUCCCUGGAUUUGAUACAUUCUGUUCAUGAAUCAUGUUUUUUUUGAACAUGUAUUCCACAUUGCAAUUGAACAACACAAAAACAUGAUAAAUUGAUGGAUGUAGCCGUUACUACGUAGUAGAACCACUUUUAUUAUAUGAUAUGAUUCAUGAACAGAAUAUUUUAUGUUCAAGUGAUCAUCAAUGUCAAUAAGGAAGCUAAUGUUGGUUUUUAAAUAAAAAUAGUCUCAAUAAUAAAAGUUUCAUCAGGUUUCUGAUAAUGUAA